CAGAAUUUGCAAUUCGUAUAAAAGUUGACCGAGAUAGCGAAAAUUUAUAAAUAUCAGCAAAACGCGGUUGUGGAAUUUAAUGUAGCCUGUUUUUAUAAUAGAUCAAACAUUUCGAAGAUCAUUUUUACAAAAUGGCUGAACAAAAGUACUAUGCUUAUAAUAUAUCUAAUGAGGGUUCUCCUGUUGAAGAACCCGAUUUGGAUAGACUUGGGAGGCUCGAUAAUCAAGUUAGAUUUGAGAUUACUACAAUGCUAAGAGAUACGAAUGGUGCCUCCUACCACAAUGACAUGUACGCCCCGUUCAUGAACCAACGACAACCCGCCCAAGAUUUUGCAACAAACCAAAGCAAUACUACAGUUCAACCCGCCCAAAAACAAGAUCAAGGUAACACAGUUCAACCUGCACAAGAUGAAAACAAUCCUCUGCAACCUGAUGUUGGAGUUGAUGAUGAUGAUGAUGAUGAUGAUGACCCGAGUUUUGACGGCAUGGACGAAGAGACCGGGUACAUGAGUUUUGCGAAACACUUGCGAGCCGAUAUGAAAAAAAAUAAAAAUGCUCCUGAUAUCGAAAACGAGGGACUCUUCCCGGCACUCGAGAAUGGAAACUCGAGGCGCGAAAGAACCAGGAGGAAGUCUUUUGGUAGAAGGAGGAACAGAAGGGAAUAUAGUUUCAGUCAGGCACAAGAUGAGUUUUUAGAGGAUGUAGUGGCUCAUAAUGAUAAUUCGGCGCAAGCUGCCCAAGAAGAACCCACGGAGAAUUGGGACACUUCCAAUCAAAAUGAGCACGAUGCAAUUGAAACAAAUGCUGCUACUGGUCACCAAUUUGGCAGCACACCAAGUCCGACAGAAAGUUGGGAUAAUGAUGAAAAUGAAGCACCAUCAUCGGUUGUGGGUAGCAGCAACUAUAAUGGAAGUUUUGAACAAAUUGCCACUUCUCAGGAGGAAGAUGGUAACAGAGUUUGCGAAAAUGGAACUACAGGGAAUGGACCGUCGGUUACGGAUGAAAGAUCUUUGGAAAAUAGAAUUUUGGGUAGUUAUAAUCCUUUACCAUCCCAUGGAGCGUCGGUUGCAGCAACUGUUGAUGAUGGUAAUAAUAAUAGAUUAUCAGGAAGUAAAAGUUCAGUUUCUACAACUGAGGGUGAUAAUAAUAGAUUAUCAGGAAGUAAAAGUUCAGUUUCUACAACUGAGGGUGAUAAUAAUAGAUUAUCAGGAAGUAAAAGUUCAGUUUCUACAACUGAGGGUGAUUGUAAUGGCACAAGAUCAUCAGCAAAUGGAACUAUGGUAGCUAAUGGUAACAAAUCUUGCACAAAUAGAAGUUUGGGUGGUGGAAGUUCAUUUACUGCAACAGCUAAUGAUGGUAAUAAAAGAUUACCAGAAACUGGAAGUUCAUUUACUGUAACAGCUAAUGAUGGUGAUAGUAGAAACCUCUCCCAAAAUAAAUUAGGAGCUGCUCCAACUGAUAAUGAUGGUGAUGGCAAAAGAUUUGCCCUGAAUGGAACUUCAGUUACUCCAGAUGCGGAUUUUAGGUACAUGAGCUGGCGUGCAGCACCAAAAUCAAGUGAAGACACCAGCGACAGCAGUAGCAAAACUGAGAAAGUGACAUUGUCAGAGUUCUACAAGAAAUGUGAGGAACAAAAUAAGAUGACCAAUGCCUCAAUUUCCAAUUUGGGCCAAAAUGGUAAAGCCAUAAAUGGAACUUUAACAGCAAAUUGUGAAGAGAAAACACCAUCCACAAAUGGAACUUCAGUUUCUCCUGGUUUUGGGUAUAUGAAUUGGCGCAGAGCACCAAAAUCAAGUGAAGACACCAGCGACAGCAGUAGCAAAACUGAGAAAGUGACAUUGUCAGAGUUCUACAAGAAAUGUGAGGAACAAAAUAAGAUAACCAAUGCCUCAAUUUCCAAUUUGGCACAAAAUUACAAAGAAUCUGCCGUAAAUGGAACUUUAACAGCUAAUUGUGAAGAGAAAACACCAUCCACAAAUGGAACUUCAGUUCCUCCUGGUUUUGGGUAUAUGAAUUGGCGCGGAGCACCGAAAUCAAGCGAAGACACUAGUGAUUGCAGCAACAAAACUGAAGAAAUGAACCUGAAGAAUUUGCGUCCGAAACCGAAGCUAACUGUACUAGACUUCUACAGAGAAUGUGAAGAACAAAACAAGAAAGCUGGUGUCUCGGUUUCCAAUUUGGCUCUGAAUUUAUCGCGUCUAUCGAUUGGCAGAGGCAUCACGCGUAAACCAAUCAAGCCUUUACCGACUUUUGGACGCAAUGCAGUACUUUCAUCAAUAUUGAACAAAAAGCAACUUGGUAGUAAAGAAAACUGCAACCCUAACUCCUCACCAAUUGUUUCUGAACCGCGUGCUGAUAAAUGCAGCACAGUCCUUUCUCAUUCACCAACCAAACCAAGAAAUAAUUCACCAGUCCUCUCACCACCUGUUUUUGAACCUUGUGCUGAUAAAUGCAGCACAGUCCUUGCCAAAUAUUUACCAAACAAACCGAGUAAUAAUUCACCAAUCCACUCACCACCUGUUUUUGAACCUCGUGCUGACAAAUGCAGCACAGUCCUUUCUGAAUAUUCACAACCGAAACCAAGUAAUAAUUCACCAGGCCACUCAUCACCUGUUUUUGAACCUCCUACUGAUAAAUGCAACACAAUCCCUUCUCAUUCACCAACCAUACCGAGUAAUAAUUCACCCAUCCCUUACCAGUCCCUUCUCAUUCACCAACCAAACCAAAUAAUAAUUCACCAGUCCACUCACCUGUCAAAAAAGAAGUCACCAGCCCCCCGGCCUCUUCUUCUUUUCAUCACGUCCAAGAAUGGUUGAAGCGCAGCGACUCGUCCCAAAAUAGUCUUAAACUGAAGCAGAUGUUUCCAUUGUAUCAAGACACGAGAAUGAUGACUGAUCAGGAAUUCUACGAUUUUAUGACCAGGGAUGAUGAAGAGUACGUGGAGUAUGAUAAAUAGAGUGGCUCCUCCUGCACGGGGAUCAAGUGAUUAGUACUUUGUGAUAUUUAAUUGUAAGAUUGUAGAAAGUCACUCACCUUGUGUUCAGUAUUGUUUUUUUUCUUGUCUUUGUUUGUGUGAUCUCAAUGAAUAAUUAGGAUUUUAAAUAUUAUAAGUCUGAUAGAGUACAAAAAUUUAUUUGAGUGAUCUUUAAACACAUUGCACUGCAUGGACUGCUAGUCCUCGUAUGUUUUCUGUUGUAUAUAUAGUGCUCUAACUUCUAACAAAAUUU